AUGGGUAUUCAGGCUAUAGAAAAUGCAGAUAUUCAUAAGAUUACUUCUGGCCAGGUGAUCGUUGAUUUGCGUAGUGCAAUCAAAGAGCUACUAGAGAAUAGUUUAGAUGCGAAAGCUGAUAAAAUCGAAAUCAUAUUCAAGAAUUAUGGUAUUGAAUCCAUAGAAUGCGCUGAUAAUGGGGUUGGUAUUUCUGAGGAUGAUCUGGAUAAUGUUGGCCAGAAACAUCGGACAUCGAAAAUUUCGUCUUUUGAGGACGUUUCCAAGGUCACGUCAUUUGGAUUUAGAGGUGAGGCUAUAGCAUCGUUAUGUCAGAUGGGAAAAGUUAUUAUUACAACAACUACUAAGGGACCUAAAGCUUACAAAAUAGUUUUCAAUCAUUCAGGUACUUGCAAUAAAAUCAUAUGUUCAAGGAACACAGGAACUACUGUGUUAGUAUCUAACCUUUUCGAUACUUUACCCGUUAGGAAAAAAGACUUUAUAAAGAAUUACAAAAGACAAUUCAAUCGAAGCAUUGAUCUCAUUCAAAGCUAUGCUAUUAUUCAGACAAACGUAAAAAUAUCUGUGAGCAAUGUUUUACCUUCAGGAAAGAAAACUCUCAUAUUAUCAUCAAUAGGGAAGUCUGAUAUUACUCGAAAUUUAGUUUCUGUAUUUGGAUCCAAUGCGGGGAAGGGGCUAGCUAGCAUUGACGUGGACUUAGACCUUUCUAAUAUCAGACACACCUCAAUACUUCCCGAAAAUCAAAAGGAGGAAAAUGCUUCCGAGUUUCAGGUCAAGAUUACUGGUCAGAUAUCAAUGGUCUCAUUUGGUUGCGGCAGAGCAAGCAAAGACAGACAGUAUGUUUACAUUAAUAAACGGCCAGUUGAUUACCCUAAAGUCGCUAAAACUAUUAAUGAAACAUACCAAAGCUUCAACAAUGUUCAAUAUCCGUCGUUUGUUCUUGAUUUUCGAGUUGGCACCAAAUUUUUGGAUUUGAAUGUAACUCCUGAUAAACGAACAGUGAGUUUACAUUAUGAAGAGUAUGUUCUUGACGCGUUGAGAGAAUCACUUCAAUUGUUUUUCCAGAAGCAAGGUUUCGUGGUACCCAAAUCGGAAACAACAUCCGAUAAUCCCUUUGGGCCUAAAAGAAUUAAAGUUGAACCAUUAGAUGCCAGCACACUACACAAUAGUGAAAAUUCGAAAAUUAUUUCCAAUGGUAAUCACCUCCGGCAUCCGACUAUUAUCAAAGAUGAAGUGCAUGAAUUACCAAGGCUGAUAUCACCCUUGAGAUCUCCAACUCUUGCCAAAAUGAAGGGAGAGAGCGAACAGAGCGAACUGAAAAGCAGUACUGUCGAAACAGAAGACCUAGAUGAUGGAUUUGACGAUAAAUUACACAAUCAUAGAGAGUCCGUGCAUAAGGAUGAGAUUAGUGCGAAUAAUCAUCUUGAUUAUGUUGCCGAAGAUGUAAAUACUGGUCCUCAUUUGCUGAACCCGCAUGAGAAGGAAGGGGACACAAAACGGCUUUUUGUUGACUCUGACCUGGAAAAUACCAUUGAGAGUGAAUCGAAUGUCAUCAGUAAAGAAUUAGAUGAAUCAGAGGAUGUCGAUAUCGAUAAAAAUAACUUAAAAGUUACCCCCAAAGGAAACCAUAUCCAAUUAGGUGAUUUCUUACAUAGAAGAAUGUCAAACGUUGAUAUUGAAAAAUCGCCAGUUGAGGUAGAUGAACUUGUCGUCCAGAUAGACAACAAUAUAUCGACAAUACCUGCAUCACAAGAUCGUGAUAAUAAGCUAGUAUUUCACCCACAUACCAGCCAUUCCGGCAAUGAUAGUUGCAGACAUAGCCAUAACCAUAGUCCGAAUGAAUCGGACUACUCAGAUGACGAUUUUGAAAAUGGUACCGAUAUUGUUUUUAAGAAUACUGUGGAGAACGAAUCUGAUUUGGAACAAAUCAAGAAGCAAAUAGAAGGAUCUUCUUCAGAAUCUCUAUCUUUACACCAAAUCAAUAACUUAGUUACCUCUGUCCGUGCCUCCCUUAAGAUAGAAGCUGAGAAAUCGCAAAAAGUUGUUUGUGCGAUUGAAAUUGAUAAAGCGAUAAAGCACGAGAGAUUAGUCAAUGAAAUUGCUUCGAUCGAUGAUAAAGAAAAAGCAGAACAUUUAUUAACGUUGACCGUCUCCAAGAACGAUUUUCAGAACAUGACUAUCGUUGGACAAUUCAAUCUAGGCUUCAUAAUAGUCACCAGAUGCAAGGAAGGCGCAUUUGAUCUCUUCAUAGUCGAUCAACACGCUAGUGAUGAAAAAUACAAUUUUGAGAUGUUGCAGAAGAAUACCGUCUUUAAAUCUCAAUCUUUACUUUCACUAAAGACUUUAGAGCUAAGCGUGAUUGAUGAAUUAUUAGUGAUGGAAUAUAAAGACGUUUUUAGUAAGAAUGGCUUUAAAUUAAGCAUAGAUCAAGAAGAAGAACCUGGCCAAAGAAUUAAAUUGGUGAGCUUCCCAGUAUCUAAAAAUACAAUGUUUACUGAGUAUGACUUUCACGAAUUGAUUCAACUCAUUCGUGAGCAUGAAGGCCAUGAUAUGUCCAAUAUUAGAUGCUCAAAGAUUCGUUCCAUGUUUGCCAUGAGAGCUUGUAGAAGUAGUAUCAUGAUAGGUAAGCCGUUAAGCAUGCGCACAAUGAAAAAGGUAGUCAAUAAUCUAAGCGACUUGGAAAAGCCUUGGAAUUGCCCUCAUGGUAGACCAACUCUGAGGCACCUUAUGGAAUUGAAAGAUUGGGACUCGUUCUGCGACGACUAUAUGAUAUAA